CAACUGCAUUAUUUUAGAGCAAAACAAUAAACCAUGUUUCACUCAUCCCAUAUUCACAUGCCAAAUCGGUAUCGGCACAGAAAUGCUCUUCGUACGUUUUUCCCCUCAUCCUCCUUUAGUCCACCAGAUUCAAAAGAACCUUUGAGAAGAGGAAUUUUAUUUUCAAGUGUAGCCACAGUUCUCCUCUUAGUUGGAGCUAUUCUGACUUGGUUAGGUAAGUAAUUAAAAGAUUAAACAAAUAUUCAGUGUUUUAUCUGUUACAUUACAUAUGUUCAAAUGCUUUGGCCUUGGCAAUUCCAAUAUUUUUAUAUUUAAAAACAAUUAAAAUCCUAACAAAAUUUACAUGUGAACAUAGGUAAGUUACACAGCAUUUGUGUCAUAAAAUAUAUAUUCUAUUUAACUGUUUAAUUUAGUGUGUAACAAAUUCUGUCCAUGUAACUAGACACAAACAAAUGUCUUUCAAAUACUGAGUAAAACCUAGUUUGUAAUAGAUAUAAAAAAUCAUUAGAUAUGAUACUUCUUUUUCUUCUUCUAUAUAUUAAGGGCCCACGAUCAAUUUAUUGAUCAUUCUGGGCAAUGUUCCCUCCAUGGGCGCCCGCAGGUAGGGGCACUUGCCCCCCCUGGAUUGAUUGGAUAACAUUUUUUUAGACAAAAAUAGGCAAAAAAUUUAUUAAAGUAAAGAGAAAAUAAAGAGACAGUAACUAAGCUGAUGUCGUGUCCGUUCGUUCACCAAACAAAUACGCUACAGUAAAUUAAAACUAUAUUAAAACAUUACUAAAAAAAUUUUGCCCGCCCCCCCCCUGGAAAGUUAAUCGAUUUUUUUGCCCCCCCCUAGAAAGUUUUCUGCGGACGCCCAUGGUUCCCUCUAAGGUUUGUUGGUUCGUGUGCAAAAUUAUAAAGUUGUGUGCAAAUUUUUACAGCAUCAAUUUUUUUGUGCGCAAAAUUUUCAGCCUACAGACACUUCAGUGGAAAUUAGCUGCUCGUACUCAAAACUGCUGCGCGGCAUCCGUGAGAUUGCUGCGUGGCCGUGCAGCCGCGCAGCUUAAGGAGAACAAUGCUAAGGGCAUAGAAUUAACAAUUUAAAAAAAAAUAAUUUCAGAGUCAUAAGUGUAUUUUAAGAAAAAAAAAAGACAAAAAGUUCUGUCUUUGGCACACUCGUUACUUUAGGCUUAAUCAUAAAUCAGAAUUUAAAAAAAAACAAAAAAAAACAACAACUUCCCAUUUCUAUCUUUAGCAAUGACACUCCCAUGAACCAAGUCAAUGCAACUUCUGUAGUGAAUGUGAGGAUCAGUAUUUCUUUCUUGAACUUAAAGGCAAAUUUAUAACUGCCAUUUUGACAUUGUGCUCCUACCUCUGCAAUCCAAUAUAUAUCUACUUAAUAAGCUGUAUUGUAGAAUAGUGUGGACAAAACACCAUUCUAAUUACUAGGAGAAAGCUGUUUAAUUUCCAUUUUACAACUUUUUUGGAGUGUGCUUUUGUCUAAUGGCAGUUAUCGCCUUCCAUUAUUUUUUUUUUUUUGUGCCCACCUUAUAAAUAAAAAUAAAUUAUUUCUUAAAUCUUAUGUCCUAUUUUUGUAUUCAAGGUUUUUAUCAUAAGUGAGACUAUGAUAAAAGCAUCUGUGACUUAGUUUUUUUUCAAUCACUUACCAGGAUCAUUUGAAUUCUUUCGUGAAUUUACGAUUUCAUUGAAACAAUUGUUUCUCAUUCAAAAAGUUAACUCACAUUUAAGAAAAUUAUUUUCUUACUGAGACUGAGAUAAAAUGGUAACAACAUUUACCUAAAUAAAUUAAUAUUUGAUCUAUUUUAAACUUCCCUUAAGGUUUCAAUGAUGUUUUUGGUGGUAAAAUAUCCAUGACUGGCCCACUCCUCAUAGCUUUGGCUCUUCUCAUGUUGCUGUUGUCAUUAAGACAGUUUAUGCUGGCAAAGAAGAGGAACAGAACUACCAAUGGACCGGUGCAGGUCUGAAUAUUUUAAACUAUUCAAUUUUUUCUCAGCUGUGAAUAUUUGUUUCAUCUCUAAUUGUCUUUAAAAUAUGAGGAAAGGGAAAACACAACUUUUUAUGGUUUUCGCAAAGAAAAAACAAAUUUUUUUUUUUUAAAUUCAAGGAAUAAUAUAUGUCUUUUUUUAAAGGAUGGAUGAGAAAUAAAAAUCUAUCUUUGGUUGAUGUCAUUUGCUUCUGUUAAAAAAUAUUAGUUCAUUUAGCUGUUUAAAAAAUUAAAAGGAAAAUUCUUUGAAGUUGCCUCUUUUUGGUUUGUAUUACAAUGUCCUAGUUAAAAGUAACUUAGCUUUAAGAAAAUGAGAGAUAAUAUUUAUGAUCUGUUUGGCAACAGAUGGAGACAAUGAAUUCUGGAUGUGUAGCACAAGUUGCGGCUGAUCAGGAUGAUAUCAAUGGAACUGCCACUAUCGUGGUUGAAGCAUGGGAUAGUGAAGAGCCAAACACUGAUCCUAUUCCGUAAGAUGCAUAUCUUUCUACCAUAUUAACUGGCACAUUAAUAAUUUUUUUAAAUUGACAUUUAGUGACCAUUAAGGAGUUCAAGAUAAAGUAAAAAAUGAAUGAAAUAUUCAUAAAUUUACAUAAUGAUUAAGCUGUUAUUUGCCAAGUCACAAAAGUUAAAAAAUACAGCAUAUCUUUUUCUUAUUAAUUAUUCCAAUACAAAAUUGCCCUUAAUUAAAAAAUAAAUAAAUGUCUUAAUGUCUCUCACCAUUCAAGAAGGCCCAAUAUUUUAUUACACUGAAUAACCAUAUGUUUUACUACAAUCUCUAACCAGAUUUUUGACUACACUUGGUAACCACAUAUUUUACACACCUUUUAUCUAAUUGAAUGAAAUAGCUAACUUUAUCUGAUGUUAUUUAUAUUGCUUGGUGCAGUAUUGCACACAUAGGACUAAAUCAAUUUUUUUGAGAUCCCAAAUUUAUGAUAAACUUUUACAGUUCUAUUUUCAGAAACACGGAUGAAUUAGCCCCGCCUUCUUAUACAGAUAUUGCACAGAGUUUCAAUAGCAAUAGCCCCAGUUUCUUCAGCCAUGAUGAUCAUAACGAAGCCCCUCCCACAUAUGAGGAAACCUGUGCUGGGAUUUAUCCUUACGCCAGUGAGAGCAGCCUGACCCAGUUAGGAUCUCGGCGCUGCUCUGCUCAGUUUGAUAGAUCUCCUUCCCCAUGUAGGACAGGACAGGCUUAUUUCUUCCAGAAUGACACUUGCUUCACUCAUACAAAUGGUGUGGCAAUACAACCAUGCAGACAAUCCUUAUGCCCCAGCACUGCUGUAGCCAAGUGCCAAUCCCAGACAAGCAACGGGGAAAAUACCCAUUUGGCUUUCC